AUGAUACUUUACGUGCUAUUCUUGCUGAUCAGCAUCGUCGCGGCGCAAGCGCGUGAUCAAUUCUGUGUGCCUCCGAAGCCACCACUACCGCUUCCUGACUGUACUAGGCAAUGUCUCGUCGGCGAAGGCAAGUUUCUCGAUGGCAAUUGCGCCGAUAACCUCGCUGGCUUUUGUAGCCUUCCAGAGGUUAUCCCCAUACACUUCAACGUGUUUGGUCCGUGUAUUCUCGGUGCAUGUCCAAGCUUGACAGACCGACAAGACUAUGUGAAUCUAUUCUUCGCAGCGUGCGAGGACAAAAAUGUCAGAUUCAUAUCUAGCGAGGACUAUUUCAACUACAAGGACUUGCUCAAGGACACAACAUCGAGUAGUACUGCGAAAAUUACUGUAACUGUGCUAUCAUCUACCAGUGAUCCACACGCGUCAACAAAAUCGGGAGGAGAUGCACCCAUUGAUUCUACGGAUAGUACCGUCACUGAAGUCCCAAUAACAUCGGUCGCUACUUCUACAGACACAGGACAGUUGGCAGACACAUCUUCCCAGCCAUCACUGUCAGCGACUUCAACGCCACCGAGCUCCACAACAGAAGGAGGGACGACAUCAGUUGGGCCGGCGCCGCUCCCGAACGAAACUGGUCUUGCACAAUCUACGUCGAAGGGACAGAAUGGUGUGACUGUCCACUCACACGUCACUGUCACUGCGACCUCGAACGGCGCACCUCAAUCUACCGUCACUGCCGCUGCUGGCCCUACACUCAGCACCACCGCUAUCGCUGGCACAGCAGCAGGCGGUACCGUGGGUAUUGCGCUCAUCAUUGGCCUCAUAUUCCUCUUUAUGCGUCGUCGCAAACGCCAAUCUUCACUUGCGUCUCCAGCAGAUAUAUGGGAGCCCUCUCGCAACACCAGCCCGAAGCCUAAACUACCAAACAUCCAGCAUGAUUCGAGCUUCGGCCGAUACUCGGAGAUGGGAGCCGGCGUGCCGGCUACUUCAGAUCCCCGGAGAUGCAUGGUGGAGGCGGCGAAAACGCGCGAUACUACAAUUCGGCACAGCCAUCUGAACCGCAUGGACAUGGAAGCAAUAUGGACUCUCGAUACCCUGAGCUGA